AUGGCCGCCAGCCCCGAUGUCAAGGCGCCCGCCGCGGCAGGCGAGCAGGAGGACGAGGCCGUCGAGCUUCUGAGCGAGUCCAACGACAAGAAGGCCGAGGCCAACCGGCUCUUCUCCUCGGCCAGCUACGAGAACGCCAUCGCCAAGUACGACGAGGCCGCCUCCGUCUGCCCCCACUACCUCGACUACGAGCUCGCCGUCCUCCAGUCCAACAUCGCCGCCUGCCACCUCAAGCUGGAGCAGUGGAAGGACGCCAUCAGCACCGCGACAAAGGCCAUUGACGGGCUGGAGCGCGUCGAGAAGGCAGAGUCCAGCGAGCGGGAGGAGGCGAAGCAGGGCGCCCCCCGCGGCGACGACGACGACGACGUCGAAGACGAGAUCGUCAGCUCCGGCGCCCAGAGGAGCGCCCCGGCCCCGAAGCACGAGAGCGAGGUCGGCAAGGCCAGGCAAAAGCGCACCGAGGACAUCCUGAGGAUACGCGCCAAGGCCAUGAUGCGGCGCGCUCGGGCGCGCAGCGAGGCCGGCGGCUGGGCCAAUUUGUCUGGUGCCGAGGAGGACUACAAGCUGCUGGCCGCCAUGCCCAACUUGAGCCCGGCCGACAAGAAGAUUGUGUCUGCUCAGUUGAGGGCGCUGCCGCCGCGGACAAAGGCCGCCCAGGAGAAGGAGAUGGGCGAGAUGUGGGGGAAGCUCAAGGAUCUCGGAAAUGGCCUCCUCAAACCGUUCGGACUCAGCACCGAGAACUUUAACAUGGUCAAGGACGAGAAAACUGGUGGGUAUAGCAUGAACUUCAAUCAAAACUAG